UUUCUCGAUAGGAAUUCAGUCAUCAUCAUGUCUCCGCGCACGGUCGUUGUCAUUGGCGCCACUGGCUCACAGGGUGGCUCCGUCGCUAGAGAGCUCCUCAAGAGCCCGCAUCUCUAUAGAGUCAGGGCUAUAACGCGCGACCCUAGCAAGCCAGCAGCUCAGGAGCUCGCCGCCAUUGGAGCAGAGCUUCGAUGCGCUGAUCUGAGCGAAGGUGCUGAGGCGCUUGCAGCAGUCUUCGCAGGCGCCAAUGCUAUUUUUGCAUUGACGGACUUCUGGGCAACACAGUCCAGCGAGGCCGAAAUUGCGCAAGGCCGUGCUAUUGUGGAUGCAGCGGCCCGAACGUCGACUCUUCAACAUCUUGUUUGGAGUGCGCUCCCUGACCCUGAGAAACUCUCUGGCGGAGCGCUCUUGCACAUCCACCACUGGAAGGGAAAGAGCAUUGUCACGGACUACAUCCAUCAGCAAUAUCCAGCUCUGUGGGCCAUGACCACCACGGUGCUCUUCCCCAACUAUUUCGAAAAUUGCUUGACUCACCCCGAUCGGUAUCUGUCCAAGCCUGAUGCGCAAGGCGUAUAUAACAUGAGCUUCCCGCACAGCCCACACACCGUAAUGCCUAAUGUGUCGAUUCGGGAUACAGGAAAGCUUGUUCAGCUGGUUCUCGAAUCCGGUACCACUUAUUUCGCCAAGACCAUCGCGUUCUAUAAUCAGGCUCUCGCGGAAGCAGACAAAUUGGCUGCCAUUGGUGAAAAGUAUAAUCUUCGAACGAAGUAUCACACAUUAAACGCUGAUGAGUUCCAACGACUUCUGGAGACUCGGGACGGCAUGUCGCCAGAGAUUGCUCUGGAUUUCACCGAGCAGCUUCUGAUGUUUGAGAAGUUCGGCAACGUGUACGACAGCCCCGAGUUUGUGCAGGCUAAAGAGAUACCCGGUUUGAAGCUUCAGACCUGGGUCGAGUUUCUGGAAGAAAAUAAUCUUCUUGCUUACAUGAAGAGGUCGUGAUGAGGUCAGCAGUGUGUGCCAGCUGCUACAGCCAUGCUUGGUGUAUUGUAGUAUGUAGUGGAAUGCUGAAGUAAAGUGGGAACCGUCUGUUAUCUCGUUUCUAUUAGAUAGGCCUUUGUUUCUGACAAAUAACAAUUCUACAGUGGGUGCUUUCACCGCCCAGA